AGGAAGAAGUACUUACUUGCACUCCGGGAAAGAGGAAAACCCAGCAAAAGAAACAACAAGGCGACUUUCAUUUUCCGUGAAAUUUACCCCUUAUAAAAAUACUACGCCAGUUCUUGUAGUAUCAACAUCUACCGUUUCUGGUAAGUACCUCCGAUAAGACAAGGCAAAACUGUCGUGUAAAGUAGUACCACACCAAGCUAGAAAACAAGAACAAGCAUGGCGGACACUGUCUGCGGAAUCGAGUCCAGCCAGCUGGCGGAUGUGCUGGAUGUCCGGGGCUGCUUUCAGGACUUGGACGAUAUCCCACAGAAAAAGACAGGCAGGUCAAGUUUGUAAUGCAAGAAUAAAUACACAGAAGAACUUGUCUUGGGCGGCCCCAUAGCAUGCUGUUUGGGAUAUGCAAUACAGACUUUCAUUAUUUUUUUGUGUAUUUAUUUCUGCAUAUACAAAUGUGACCUGCCUGCUUUUUUCUGUGUGAUAGACGACUGGCUCGAAAAGGAUAAGCUGCUCGGCUCGAAACUGACCUGGAAACUACUGACCGAGAAAAUCCACUUGAAGAUGAGACAGAAAGCGGAACAAGUCCCCGCUUCGUCUAAACUGAACAAGGAAAUUAUUUCCGCGGCGGAGGUGCUUCGGGAAUCGGGUUUGGCCGAGGGGGACAAAGCAGAAACGGAAAGACACACGCAGGUGAAGCAAGCUUCCAGCGUGCUGUUGAGCAGACAGGUCCUCGGCGGGACGGAACUACCGAUCCAGUUCGCCAGAGAUCCGCGGAUUCGCGUCCAAACCCACGCAACCAAGGGCCGCGGCUUUGUCGCCCGGGAGGCUUUACCGGCCGGCACGCUGAUUCUGGCCGAGAAGCCGUAUUUGGGCAUCCUAGACGUGGAAUUAGAGCGAACGUACCCGGAAUGGGAAGACCUGGCGGGCGACAACGGGGUGGACACCGAGGCGUUGGCCUGUCAGAUGGUGGUGUUGGACCCGGAUUUUCGGGAGGAGGAAGAGGGGGGAGAAGAACAAAAACAAAUGUUAAACAGGACCACCACGUCGACAAAAAACCAGGCUACAACCGCUACGUCUGAUGCAGCGUCGGAAGAGGAUGCAGAAUCCACGACCUGUUUUUUACCGGACGAGCUGAUUGAGUUCCUGCAUCCGACGGAAGUGGGCGAGUUGAGCAAGGAAAUGGUCGCGGAAUUGGAAGAAAAAAAGGAUGAAAGCGCGCUCGUCGGUAGUGGUGCAACUAGCGAAAAUGAUGAUCUUCCCGGGAUGCACAAGUUGUCCAGCCUCCUAAUGUCCAAGGCAGAAAUCGAGAGUACGUUACGAAGCGAGAAGAAAAACGACUCACCAGGGGAGAUGGGUAACAAAAGCCAGCAAGAAGACGCGGCCGCCCCAACACCGUCCACCUGUUCGGAAAGAAGUGCGAAAACUGGUACAACUUGCGGUAGAACUACUCGCAAUACAGCAGGGGAAUCCCAGCAGCAGAGGAAACAAGCGACAGAGAAAAAACCGGCGCAUCAGCGAGGGGGCGGAAUCAAGCGGAAUGAGGAUGGAGCAGAUGACAGUCAGCCCGACGACAGCGACAGUCAGAGCGAGUCAGAAGAAGAGGAAGAGGAGGAGGAAGAAGAAUCCGUGGAUAGCGCGCUGCAGAAGCUGGAACUGCAGCAGGAGAUCGCGGAGUUGCUCGAGCCCAAGUACGGCACGAGGACGGACCGGCUGCUGCUCCGUGCGAAGACGCGGCUGAACGCGCUCGGGUUCUACACGAACAACGAACAGUUUUCCUACCCGCUGAAUUACCAAAAGUUCCAGGGCACGGGGCUCUACCUGCUGGCCAGCAUGUUCAACCACAGUUGCAGUCCGAACGUGUCUAUCAAAUGCAAAAAUGUCUGGGUCUGGAAUGUUGCCGGGUUUGCCAUGCAGAUUUUGCAUGACUCAGAAUGUCUGUAAUGCAUGACCUAGCAUCGCAGAUUUUUAGAACCCUUCCUGAUGCCUAAUCCGCGUGACAAAUGCCCGCCCCGCGUAGCAGAAACUAGACACUCCUCUUGCUGAUCAUGCAAUACAGAUUUUUUUGGAGUCCAGAGUUAGCAUCACAAGCUCCAACCUUCCAGAGGACCCAGACAUUUUUGCAUUUGAUAGUGUCCCGGUUUUCCAUCGGCGACCUGUGCUUCUUCGUGGCGACCCAGGACGUUGCCAAGGGGGCCGAGCUGCAGAUCUCCUACAUUGGGCACGAAGAUCUGGCCAUGGACAAGGGGUUUCGCGCCGGGAUUUUGAACCGGGACUUCGUCUGCCAGUGCGAAAAGUGCGUGGCGGAAGGAGCUGCACAGAUGGAAAUAAAGAACACACGGACAAGUGAACAAGAGGUGGAUACCAAAUGCAAAGAUGUCUGGGUCUGGAAGGGUGCAGACUUUGCCAUGCUUGUUUGGCAUGACUGAAGAGUUUGUGAUGCGUGUCUAAGAAGAGACCCAUGUUCUUGUCGUGCAGAAACGCAGUUUGUCAUGCGGAAGCCGGAACAUGUAGGCACGAAAAUACUUCUCAUGCUUGGCUGUGCAUUACAGGGCACUCACUAUUUCCAGCUCAGCAUUACAAGUUUCCCGGCCCAGACGUAUUUGCGAUGCAUAUUGGAAAAGAAGCAGCAGCUCUACGCCCAAGUCGACGCCCAGCUGCAGGCGGAACUGAAUCUCCUCCCGCCAAAGGAUGCGAUCGCGUUUUUGGAUGAAUUACUCGGAUCGACAACCUCCGGGUUAGUAGACGACGCCGAGUGCGCCGGCGGGGGAAGAGCUAAAGGAAAAGUGGAGCAGGCGAAUAAAAGUUUGAAGAUGAACAAAGAGGAAAAUAAGAAUAAAACUCUGCUCCUUGACAAGGACCGCCAAGAGUUGUUGUCCACGAAGGCUAUUCAGCUGAUCCAGCUCGGCAUGUUCCAGCAGGCUCGAGUGGACGUGUUCGAGAAAGAGUGUAUCCCCUGGCUGGAGCAAAAGGUUUCCAAGUACGACGAAUCUCUUGUCGUUUACCACCUCCUGUGCCUCUUCUGCCUGUUGGCGGAGCAGUUGCAGGGGGAACGGGGUGGGGGGGCAGUCGUGAAUAAAAAUGGUACCACUGCGGAGGAGGUGGUCCCUCGUGCUGUCGCGCAAGAGCAAGCGGCAGAGAAUAAUUCCACUCACGGAACGAAGAAGCGAAAGGUGGAGGUCGCGACUGCGGAACAAAAUGAAAACCAAGAUAGCUGCUCCUCUCUUCAGCCCGAGGAACUAUUACGGUUUUUAUCGGAAGCGGCAACGAAGCACCUCUCUGCAGCGAAGGAGGUGUUCAACGUAUGCACCGGGAGAGAACUUGUUCUUCCCAUUCCUAGCAGUGGGAAGGCUUGUUCUCCAUCCUUGUUCGAGCUUCGCUACAAACGGGAGAUUGGGGAAUACCUGCGGUGGGCCGCGUUCGCACUGACCAAAGAGGAGAAGGAGACACUGGGGCAGCGAAUGCGGGACGCGAUGCGACGGGCGGCGGUGUGAGCAAGGCCGCGAGGAGUCCAGUAUAGUUAGUAGGAGCUGGUGGUGCAGCCUGAAUCUUGCUUUCCCAAAAGAGAUUGAACCAUAUCCGAACUUAUACGAAAAAAUGAAAUUAUUAAGGGAAAACGAUCUCUUCUAGAACAUUAGCGACUGAGAUCUUCUAGGACGACUUGAGACACAAGAAAAAA